CAGCGAAGUCUCUUUCAAAUCCCUAAAAAAUCGACGAGGGUUUCCAUCUUCGCCGGAUCUCAUCCAGAGCUUGGCUUGCGAUUCCUCUCGAUUCCCAUGGCGACGGCGGGAACGGCGGCUGCGGCGGCUCCGCGGAGUAGGCAGGCGGCGGGGCGGGGACUGGACGAUGAGAACUUGGUGUUCGAUACCACGCCGGGGGUGGAGGCUAUCACCAGCUUCGACCAGAUGGGAAUCCGUGAUGACCUUCUUCGCGGGAUCUAUGCUUAUGGAUUCGAGAAACCAUCAGCUAUACAGCAACGCGCCAUCUUGCCCAUCGUCAGCGGCCGCGACGUCAUUGCACAAGCCCAGUCCGGCACUGGAAAGACAUCCAUGAUCGCACUCUCCGUUUGCCAGAUGGUAGACACGGCCUCAAGAGAAGUGCAGGCUCUGAUUCUAUCACCUACAAGAGAACUUGCCCAACAAACUGAGAAAGUCAUAUUGGCUAUUGGUGAUUACAUAAAUGUGCAAGCUCAUGCAUGCAUUGGUGGGAAGAGCAUCGGUGAAGAUAUCAGGAAGCUUGAGUAUGGAGUUCAUGUUGUCUCAGGAACCCCUGGAAGAGUUUGUGACAUGAUAAAGAGAAGGACCUUGCGUACAAGAUCUAUCAAACUUUUGAUCCUUGAUGAGUCUGAUGAGAUGCUGAGCAGAGGCUUCAAGGAUCAGAUAUAUGAUGUGUAUCGAUAUCUUCCUCCUGAAUUACAGGUUGUUUUGAUAUCUGCCACUCUUCCUCAUGAAAUAUUGGAAAUUACCAGUAAAUUCAUGACUGAACCAGUUAGAAUCCUUGUCAAGCGUGAUGAGUUGACUUUAGAGGGCAUUAAACAAUUUUUUGUUGCUGUCGAGAGAGAAGAGUGGAAGUUUGAUACGCUGUGCGAUCUCUAUGACACACUUACGAUCACCCAAGCUGUUAUAUUCUGCAACACUAAAAGAAAGGUUGACUGGCUGACAGAGAAAAUGCGAAGUAACAAUUUUACGGUCUCAGCUAUGCAUGGUGACAUGCCUCAAAAGGAACGUGAUGCUAUAAUGUCAGAGUUCAGAUCUGGUGUAACCCGCGUGUUAAUUACAACAGAUGUAUGGGCCCGGGGAAUUGAUGUUCAGCAGGUUUCUCUUGUGAUAAACUAUGACCUUCCAAACAAUCGAGAACUUUACAUUCACCGAAUAGGUCGCUCAGGGCGUUUUGGUCGCAAGGGUGUGGCAAUCAACUUUGUUCGCAAUGAUGACAUCAGGAUACUUAGAGACAUUGAGCAGUACUACAGUACUCAGAUUGACGAAAUGCCGAUGAAUGUAGCUGAUCUUAUUUAAGAUUCAUAUGAUUAAGCACCACAGGCUUUAAAUGCAUACACACAACAGGCCUUCGUAUCCGGCAAUGCAAAUGUCGUGGCACCUUGUAUCUUAUCAUGACACUAAGCUUCUAUUAUCGGUUAGUGAACUGUGGAAGUGUUAUUUCUAUGGUUGGUGGUGAGAUUUGCUACUUGGAUUUGGUUUGUAAACUAGGAGCUUGCAUUUGCAUUUGGCUUCCUGUAAAAAGCAACAAAAGCAGGAUGAACAUUAGUUUUGCCGCGUGGAUAUGUGUUUUUCAUGAAGUAAUUGUGAACUGUUGAUGACUGGUGAAUAUGAAAAUGAAAAUGCUUUCUGUGUUUUGAUUGAA